UCAUAGUUCUAUAGGCCAAGAAGAAGGAGCGUCAUGAUGGAGGCGGCUGGUGGCUAAAGUAACCAACCUGCUUAAAUUCGAGUUUAUUAAAGUCUGAGCCCUUCAUGUUUCUCCAGUUAAAAGCGUAACGGGGGGAUUUAGCCCCUACAUGACAGCCAGAUAGCUCCCUCUGCUGUAAAGACAGUUGGUUCACCUGGUCACCAUGGCGACGGACAUCGGCUCGCCGCAGCGGUUCUUCCACAUGCCGCGCUUCCAGCACCAGGCGCCGCGGCAGGUGUUCUACAAGAGGCCGGACUUUGCCCAGCAGCAGGCCAUGCAGCAGCUCACCUUCGACGGGAAGCGCAUGAGGAAGGCCGUCAACCGCAAGACCAUCGACUACAACCCCUCCGUCAUCCGAUACCUGGAGAACCGCCUGUGGCAGCGAGACAGCCGGGACUUCAGAGCCAUCCAGCCCGACGCAGGAUGCUACAAUGAUCUCGUUCCUCCUGUCGGAAUGCUCAACAACCCAAUGAACGCCGUCACCACCAAGUUCGUCCGCACCUCCACCAACAAAGUCAAGUGUCCCGUGUUCGUCAUCAGGUGGACUCCUGAAGGCCGCCGGCUGGUGACCGGAGCCUCCAGUGGAGAGUUCACCCUGUGGAACGGACUCACCUUCAACUUUGAGACCAUUUUACAGGCUCACGACAGUCCGGUCCGAGCCAUGACCUGGUCUCAUAACGACAUGUGGAUGCUGACGGCGGACCACGGCGGCUACGUCAAGUACUGGCAGUCCAACAUGAACAACGUCAAGAUGUUCCAGGCUCACAAGGAGGCCAUUAGAGAAGCCAGUUUCUCUCCUACAGAUAAUAAGUUUGCCACCUGUUCGGACGACGGCACAGUUCGAAUCUGGGACUUCCUGCGCUGCCACGAGGAGAGGAUCCUCCGAGGUCACGGUGCUGAUGUGAAAUGUGUGGACUGGCAUCCAACCAAAGGCCUGGUGGUUUCGGGCAGUAAAGACAGCCAGCAGCCCAUCAAGUUCUGGGACCCCAAGACGGGACAGAGUCUGGCCACGCUCCACGCCCAUAAGAACACUGUGAUGGAGGUGAAGUGGAACCUGAAUGGAAACUGGCUGCUGACGGCAUCCCGAGACCACCUGUGUAAGCUGUUCGACAUCAGGAACCUGAAGGAGGAGCUGCAGGUGUUCAGGGGGCACAAGAAGGAGGCUACAGCGGUGGCCUGGCAUCCGGUUCACGAGGGUCUGUUCGCCAGCGGAGGCUCCGACGGCUCGCUGCUCUUCUGGCACACUGGGGUGGAGAAGGAGGUCGGGGGCAUGGAGAUGGCUCAUGAGGGGAUGAUCUGGAGUCUGGCCUGGCACCCGCUGGGUCACAUCCUCUGCUCCGGCUCCAACGACCACACCAGUAAGUUCUGGACGAGGAAUCGACCGGGAGAUAAGAUGAGGGACCGUUACAACCUGAACCUGCUGCCCGGCAUGUCAGAGGACGGCGUGGAGUACGAUGACGUGGAGCCGAACAGUGUGGCCGCCAUCCCCGGCAUGGGCAUCCCCGAGCAGCUGAAGGCCGCCAUGGAGCAGGAGCAGAGCAAUAAAGAGGUGGCCCCUGAGGUGGAGAUGUCCAUCCCCGGUCUGGAUUGGGGCAUGGAUGAGGUCAUGGGCAAGGACGCCAAGAAGGUUCCUCAGAAGAAAGUCCCGUACGCCAAACCCAUCCCAGCACAGUUUCAGCAGGCCUGGGCUGAGAACAAAGUUCCCAUGAUGCCUCCUUCUGGAGAGCUGUCCAAAGACCGGAAGGUGGAGCAGAAGGUGGAUCUGAAGAAGAGGACUCAGGCGGAGAUUGAGCAGGAGAUGGCGGCUCUGCAGUACACCAACCCCAUGCUGUUGGAGCAGAUGAAGAUGGACCGAAUGAACCAGAUGGGCUCGGACGGGAACAUGGGCCCCCCACAAGGACAAGGCUCUGGGCCCCCCUUCGCCGGCCCCGGAGGUCCUGGUGGCCCCAUGGCUCCUGGCCAGCAGGGCUUUCCUUCCAACAUGCCUCCGCAGCAGAUGUCCAACAACAUGGGUCCCCCCAUGCAGCCUCCGUUCAUGGGACCAGCCUCUGGGCCACAGUCUCACCAGGGGCCUCCUCAGGGCAUGAUGGGGCCACCAGACAUGCAAGGCUCCCAAGGCAUGCAGAGACAUCAAGGCCCUCCAAGAAAUAUGGGUCCCCAAGGACCUCACGGCAUGGGACCCAGAGGGAUGCAGGGGCCCCCUGGGGGGAUGAUGGGGCCCCCUCCCAGAGGAAUGGGUCCAAGGGAUUCUCAAGGGCCUCCAUCCCAGGGAGGCAUGAUGCCUCCUCAGGGGAACAUGAUGGGCCCCCAGGGUCCAAUGCAGGGUGGGAUGAUGGGCCCCCCUUCCAGGACACAUGGCAAUAUGGCCAACAACUAUGGGAUGGGCAACAUGCAGGGGCCCCCAGGUAACAUGCAGGGACCUCAUGGAAAUAUGCAGGGGCCCCCUGGAAACAUGCAAGGACCCCAUGGAAACAUGCAGGGGGGCCCUGGAAACAUGCAAGGACCUCAUGGAAACAUGCAAGGACCCCAUGGAAACAUGCAGGGGGGGCCUGGAAACAUGCAAGGACCCCAUGGAAACAUGCAGGGGCCUCCAGGCAACAUGCAGGGCCCCCCCUUUAUGCAGCAUCAGGGGCAGAAUUCGGGGCCCAUGAUGCACGGGAUGGGUCAGCAGGGGCCAAACAGCAAAGGUGACCAUCGGGGACAACCACCCAAUCACCACAUGGGUCCCCCGGACCGGCAGGGCCCCGGAGGACCCGAGCAAGGCUCGGGGCCGUACUGGGGUGACAAUCAGCAGGGCCGACACGGGCCGCAGGACUACGACGGAGGCCAGGACUUCCACAACAGAGGAGAUGAGGGCUGGAGGUCUGGACCCGGGUACCAAGGGGGAGGAGGAGGAGGAGGAGGGGGUCACCGAGGGGGAGGACACCGAGGUGGAGGGAGCGGAGGGAACUGGGGGUCCAACGACAGGUUCAAUGAUGGAGAGUUCAGAGGACGGAGGGACGACAGGUUCAGAGGCGGGGGUCCUGGCCGACCUGGAGGUCGAGGCUACGAUGACUACAGUGGUCAAGAGGAAGGUUACGAUGGUUCGGAGGAGAUGGGCCGGGGCUGGGACGGCGGGGGCCGGGGGAGGCCCAUGCGGGGGGGAGGUCCGCCCAGAGGAGGAGGACAUGACAGCUAUCGAGACGGGCAGCAGAUGCAUGAUGGGUCGUCCAUGUCCGGGCGGGAUCGGCCUUCGUCCAUGCAGGGGAUGGACAUGGCGUCCCUGCCUCCGCGCAAGCGCCCGUGGCAGGACGGUCCAGGAACGGGAGACUCCCGAGACCGAGAGUCAGGAGGACCCGACGGAGGCCGUUCCUCUCAGAGAGACGAUGGCGGUUACGGGUCCGGGCGUGGCGGCCGAGGCGGGUGGGGUCCCGGAGGAGGAAUGGGGCCGGGCAACCGGAGAGGAGGACCGCCACCAAGAGGAGCACCCAGGGGGGGCGUGCGGGGCCGGUAGUCCUGAAAGGAGACCCCUCUCCUGCUGGUUCCUCCACAGACUCUCCACGCUCGGGUCUGUGGCGCUGUGAAGAACGCUGCUCUCUGAUUGGUCCGUGGUGACGGCGCAGCCCACACCUGAGCCGACAGGUCAAAGAGACGUUGGUGUAAAAUACUGUAGAGAAUCAUCGUCGCCGUUUGUAUCUGCGUCUUUUAUUCCACUUCGUCUUGAGCUUUGUAUCAGAUUUCUAUGUUUUUGUGUAUUCACCGAUUCCACCGAGGUUGACAAUAAAGAUUCUCACUUCAAACUGUAAUCGCAGGACAGCAGGUGUCCUCUUUUUUUCCUCUAAAGAAAAGAGGGAAAUCGUAAAAUGCACCCAGGCUCCGCCCUCCGGGUCGGCCCCGCCCACCACGCUGCAGGAGCCCAUCAUGUUCUCAUGAGCCUGACCCUUUAACAGCAGGAUGUUGUUUUGUUCUGAAUGUUCCAAUAAAGAUUGUAUAUUUCUGGUGUGAAUUGAAAACCUGA